AUGCAGCUUCUUUCAUUCACUUCGCUCUGUCAAUCUGUUGAUGAAAAAGAAAAAGAGCCGCAGAAUCAAGAGAAUCGAAUUUCAGAAGAAGAAACAAACAUGGCGACUCGAGAGUCCAGGAUGUCCUUAGAUUCAGGCUUUUCCGAUGAGAAACAAAUACGGAAGCAAAAACACAAACGAACGCGAAACAAGUCCAAACAACGGCGAAAGCUAUGCAAGGAUGACAUCGGCAAACCACUUUUGGAGAGCUACAGUCACAUGGCACACAUAGGCUCUGGCGGAGACUGUUUCGGGGAAAUCUCUCCAGAUAUGACAAAAAUCGCUAUUUCCGAAAAUAGCGCGAAAUUCUCAGAUUGCGAGGGGGCCACCCUGAAUCACACCAACUCCGACUCAGCAAAUAGCGAUGUCGAUUCUGUCCGCCUUAGACCUGCUCACUCUCAUCUCACUUCGAAAAUGCGACAGUCGGUGAUGAGCUGGAACAUGAACUUUGAAUUUGGCAAUGUCGACAUUUUGGAAUCCGUCUUGGCGGUGAUGGACCAGUUGAAGGAUGAAAAACCGGAGCUAGAAUCGCCAAAUGAGGAAGAAGAAAUCUUCGAUUUCCAGAAAUCGCCAACUCCUCCAGCAACACCACCACCAAGCGCAAUGACCAACCGAUCCUCUCCAGCCACGACCAUCAACGAGGAGCCAAUUUACGACCAGGUCCCCUGCGAAGCCACUGCAAUCAUUCAACGAACGGAGACGAUUUACGAAAGAAUCCCCAACCAAAACCCUCCUCCAAACAACAACUCUCAAACAAACAACACAAUCGCUCGCCCAAAAUUUCGACCACCACCGCCUGUUCCUGAGCCUGAAGAAGACGUCAUUUACGAUUUCAUCGGCAGCUCCCCAGGAUCGGUCGCCAAGUUUCAAUACCAUUUGUAA